AUGACGAAAAAUAACUUGGCCUCUCAUUUGAAAUGGCUGCUGAAGCAAGGCCCCUCUCUGUACCCAUCGCUAACUGCCGAGUCCCCUGUGGUUGAACUACCUACUACCCGCUUUUCGCAACAACCUACACCACCGGAAGAAUUCGAGAAUUUGGACGAGAUCUUGGAGGACCCCGACGAUGUGUCAGAUGAAACCAUGGCACGAUUAAUGCUGUGUCCUUCUUCUGAAAGCAAACCUCGCAUGCUUAGCCAGGCCGACAAAAAACACGAUGCGACGCCUUCGACCUCAAAAAAGCCGUCCACGGCACGCAACAUGGCUGCAGGUACGUUUGCCGCUAUGCUACGGCUGACUUUGGCGAACCGCGUCGUUUAUGGACCGAGGGAGCUGCAACACAAGAUGCUCCCCCCCGAGAAGCGAGGAAAGAAGAGGAAGAGCGAAGAAUACACAUCGGAUCUGCUUUCACCGUCUAAGCACUCCACAAAGAUUCGAACACCUUCCAAGGCAAACAAACCACCUAUCUCUGGCAACACCAUUGCAGAAUUGCCCGCAGCGUCCAGCCGAGCCGCUCUCUCUCGUGGUACGAAACAGCCCAAGCAAGUCAUCGCUGAUUCCGACGAGGACGACGAUGAUCAAUUCGAUAGUUGGCUUGGUGCCGAAGACGUUGAUGAUAUGAUUUUCGACCCAGAGCCGGCGUUAUACCCAAUACUUCCUAAACUGAGCUCCCAGGAAAGCCAGAAGUCGGAAUACCACAGCACAGCUUCACGACCUUCUCCCAGCAAUGCUCUGCCACCGCCGACGCGGGCCGAGAAGAAACCUUCCUUGCCGAAGUCACAGAACCCAGAUCCAUCGCCUACGCCGAAAGCACUCAGUUCACAGCAAAGGGAUCCGGAAAUCCUGAAAUUUCUUGCUCUUCCCUCGACAUCACUUGCCCAGGCCAUAUCCAGCUUGAAGGCAACGCUUCAGAAGAAUGCGGAAAUCGUUUACGAGCAGGCCAUGGAAGGUCGGACAGCACCGGACUUGAUUGCCGCGAACAAGAACCUGGUCACUCAGAUACAGUCCAUUGAGUCUUUGAAGACCAGUCAGGACUCCUACAAAAAAUGCCUUUCCCGCAAAGACGAUCUCAAGAAGAGCCUCAUGCGCGUGAUCUCCCAGGGCAUCGACCCGACAACAAUGCCCGAGCUAGCACAAAGUCGAGCCGUAGAAACCGAGCUGGAGAAAAUCGAGGCCAAUAUCCGCGAGCUUCUCCCCAGUUCCAGGGUCUUCGAUAUUGCGCCGGCAUCUGGAUCGACUAAUAUCGAACCUCCAACGACGACUUCGCCGAGCCCCCCCCCGAGGGAACAGUCUUCAUUUGAAAAUGUUCGAGAGUCGAGAGACUACUCGACCGAGAGGCCUCACGAUAAACAAGACAAGUUUGUUGCUCGCAACAUGGGCUCACCACCAUUUGCGACCACAAUGGAUUUUGACGACUUCGAUUGGAAUGCCAGCGAUGAUGAGAUACUCGAGGUGGCAGGAAGUUUCGACGAUCGUGCGGCCUCUGCUCACGAACCAGAACCCCCGAACCGGAAAGUAUUUGCGGAAACAUCGGGCAACUCAUCUCGCACGCCGGCCCCAAAGAAGUCACCAGGCCGUAGCACGUUCUGGUCUAAUCACCCUUGGUCUCAAGAAGUGAAAACGGUUCUCAAGGAUCGAUUCCAUCUCCGCGGGUUCCGUCCGAAUCAGCUCGAAGCAAUUGAUGCGACUCUUGGCGGAAAAGACACAUUCAUCUUGAUGCCCACAGGUGGGGGCAAAUCACUAUGCUACCAACUACCUUCUAUUGUAAUGAGUGGAAAGACCCGUGGCGUGACGCUUGUGGUUUCGCCGCUGUUGAGUCUGAUGCAAGAUCAAGUGGACCACCUGCGGAAGCUGAACAUCAGUGCCUACCUGAUGAACGGCGAGUCUGACAGAUCUGAGCGAUCAUGGAUUCUUGGUCAACUGUCAAAUGCUGGGGGAGAGCGUCUGGAGCUGUUGUAUAUCACCCCAGAGAUGAUCAACAAAAACCAGACGCUCGUGCGAGCUCUAGAGAAACUUCACCGUCGGAACAAACUCGCACGAUUGGUCAUUGACGAGGCACACUGCGUGAGCCAGUGGGGACACGACUUUCGACCAGACUACAAGGAAUUGGGUGAGGUUCGGAACAAGCUUCCUGGUGUCCCAGUUAUGGCUUUGACUGCUACUGCCACUGAGAAUGUGAAAGUGGAUGUGAUUCACAAUCUGAAGAUGACCGGAUGCGAGACCUUUUUGCAAAGCUUCAAUCGUCCGAACCUCACAUAUGAAGUGCUUCCAAAGGGCAAAAACGAUGAAGUCCUCGCCGGUAUCGCAGAAAUUAUCACCAAAUCCUACCGCAAUCAAUGUGGUAUUGUCUAUUGUCUGUCGCGCAAUACAUGCGAGAAAGUCGCGAAAGAUCUUCGUGACAAGCAUCACCUUAAGGCCAACCAUUAUCAUGCAGGUAUGAAAUCAGAUGAAAAGGCCAAGGUGCAGAACGAGUGGCAGAUGGGCGAAUGCCAAGUUAUUGUUGCCACGAUCGCAUUUGGCAUGGGAAUUGACAAACCAGAUGUACGAUUUGUUAUCCAUCACAGCAUUCCCAAGAGUUUGGAAGGUUACUACCAGGAAACAGGCCGUGCUGGUAGAGAUGGCAAGCGUUCUGGUUGUUAUCUUUACUACGGCUACAAAGAUGCGGCGACCCUUAAACGAAUGAUUGAUUCCGGCGACGGCAAUUAUGAGCAAAAGGCCCGACAGAAGCAUAUGCUCCGUAAUGUGGUUCAGUUCUGCGAGAACCGCAGCGACUGUAGACGUGUACAGGUUCUUGCUUACUUCAAUGAAUACUUCCGCCGAGAAGACUGUGGCAACGCUUGCGAUAGUUGCAAGUCUGAUUCGGUAUUUGAGUCGCAUGAUUUCUCAAAGCAUGCAGGCUGGAUUAUCAAAAUUGUCCGGCACUUUCAAAUUAACUUGAAAGAAAAGGUCACGGUACUCUACUGCGUGGACGUUCUUCGCGGAGACUUGAAGAAGGCCAAAUCUGCCUCCCACAAGCAACUUCCCUGGUAUGGCAACGGCUCAGAUCUUGACCGAGGGGAGGCAGAGCGGCUAUUCUACCGUUUAUUGGGUGAAGAUGCUCUCGCAGAAGACAAUGUCAUCAACGGGAAGGAUUUCGCUGUCCAGUACAUCAUACUUGGCCGACGUGCCACCGAAUAUGAGACCGGGCAGCGGAAAAUGAUGUUGCAAGUGCGCGCAUCUCCAAAGAGCAAGGCUCGACCUUCGAAGACGACACAGAAAGGGAAGUCUGGCAACCAACCUCAUCCUCAGUCCACCAUGGUCUCGUCUCCUGUCCAAUCGACCAAUGAUCGCCGCCAAGCGCGUACCCAGAAACGAAGCAUUCCCGUGAACGAGUCUGACGAUGAUAGCGAUGGGUUUGAACCAGUUCGAGUAGCUGGUGGGACCGGGAAUCAUAAUAACCGUGAAAUGGGACCCCCGAUUACGAGCGAUCAAAGAUUAGAUCGACUUGACCAUCUGCAUCGAGCGGUAGUGGAGGAUUUCGAGGUCACGGCAAAGAGAUAUCUUCAGGAGAUUGUUGUUGAGAAAGGCCUUCGUUCUCAACCAUUCUCAGACCAGCAAUUGCGCGAGAUGGCCAUCUCAUUCCCGAGAGACAUCCAGCAACUCUCCGCCAUACCAGGUAUUGACCGCGACAAGGUCACUCGAUAUGGCCGUCAGAUUUUGAAGCUGGUAGACAAUGCCAGGCGACGAUACCAUGAAUUGACACAGGAUGCGGAAACCAGCGGAAUUGUCCCAGACCCCAAUCAUCAUAAUGUCAUCAAUCUCAGCAGCAGUGACGAGUAUAGCGAUGAUGAUUUGUUCGCGGAUCAGGCAUCUAACUUCGAUCUUGAUUAUCCCGUUCAAGACAACACCCAAGAUGUCACAAGUCGCUAUUUUCCCCCUCCACCUUCGCCCGGCUUCGACCCUGGCGACGACUUUGGGGCAGGCCCUUCUAAUUCCAAGGGGAAACGAUCCAAUUACAAGCGAGCCCCACGACGCAAAAACGGAGGCUCCGCGGGCAAUUUCAAGGCUAAAGGUGCUAGGUCAAAGGCCAGAUCUGGUGGUGACCGACCAUCCAGCCGGUCAGCAUCUGCGCCUCGCAAGACCAGCAAAGCGAAAACCUCCAAAUCCACAAUUGGAAUGAUGCCCAUCUAA